AUGGACUCGGUCGCAUUCGACAUCAACGAUGCGCUCAAGCAUUACAUGAGCGACCCUGCCAGUAUACCAACUCCAGAGGCUGAUGGCUCCCUCUUCGACUGCGAAAAUGACCCCGAGGGCCUCACCAACGGCGUCGUCAACCCCGUUCUCAACCCCAUUGUUGACGCCGUCGCCGAAAACCCCGAGGCCAUUACCCGCAGCGCCCAUCUCGAUUCUCUCCAGUUCCUCCUAAAGUGCGCACCCAUCUUCCCUUGUCCUUCAGACCCCUCUCCUUCGAUUCCUUUAUCCUCCUCCUCCAGGCUCUCCGCGAAACAGAGACGUGAUUCUGAACGUUUGAACCCUUCCAGGUAUACCGCCUUCUUGCCAACACAUGCCCUGAGCAAGAUCUUCGACCUCAUCAUGUCCGGCCUUGCCGCCGAGGCUGAUGCCAUAAAUCACGACCUCGAGUCCCCCGACGAACAAGAGACCCUCGCACACCACAAGCAACUUCUCGAAAUCUACGGCUUCCUCCUGCAGUGGACCAUCGCCGCCGUCGAGACCAAGGCUGCCGAAAAGUCCACAACAGCACCCGUCGCCCGAGGCCGCGGCAAGCCGAAGAAGAAUGCGCCCAAGGGCCAAGACGGCGUCUGGGACUCGGCCAGCCAGUUGCAAUCCGCCCUCGACAUUAUGAGCAAGGUCCUCAAGCUGAAGCUCUCCAAGAUCUUCCUCACCACUUCCGAGAGAGACACCUUUGUCGGUCUGCUGACUCGUCCGGUCUACAUGGUGCUUGAGAGCGAACAGCGCGUCAAGGCCAUCUCAAUCAGGAUGCACGCCUUCAAGGUGCUCUGUAUCGCCGUCAAGCACCACGGCCAUGCCUACGCUGCCCAGAUUUCUAUAGUUCAGAAUCUGACGUACUUCGAGCAUCUCUCCGAACCCAUGGCCGAGUUCCUUCACAUCUUGGCUGAAACCUACGACUACCCUCAACUGGCCGACGAAAUCCUGCGCGAGCUCAGUAACAAGGAGUUCAAUAGCAACGACACCAAAGGCCCAAAGUCCGUCUCGCAAUUUAUUGUCAAGCUCUCCGAGCUGGCCCCUAGAAUCGUCAUUAAGCAGAUGACGAUGCUUGCCAAGCAGUUGGACAGCGAGUCAUACACUCUGCGUUGCUCCUUGAUCGAAGUCUGUGGAAAUAUGGUUGCCCACCUUGUCAAGCAGGACGAGCGUGGCGAGAACCACAAGUCCCAGCUCGACGCCUUCUUCGACGUCCUGGAAGAGCGAUUCCUCGACAUCAACCCCUACUGCAGAUGCAGAGCCAUUCAAGUCUACGUCAAACUGUGCGAUCUUGAGCAAAAGUUCCCCAAGAGACGACAGCGCGCCGCAGAGCUUGCUUGCCGAAGUCUGGAGGACAAGAGUAGUCACGUAAGAAGGAACGCCAUCAAACUUCUCGGCACGCUCAUCAAGACACACCCCUUCACUGCCUUGCACGGCGCCCUACUAGUCCGUAAGGACUGGCAGGCUCGCCUCGACAAGGUGGAGGAGGAAUUGAACGCUUUGAAGCCUCCCGAGGGCGCCGGCCUUGGCGACAACACCGCUGUUGACAACACUCUUCUGGACGACGCCACUCAGGUCGAACAAUCCCCGCAGAAGCCCAUGACCGAUGAACAAAAGUUCGAGGCAGUGAAGAAGGCGCGCGAAGAAGCUGCUACGUCUGAGGCAAUUGAAAAGCUCACGCUGACGAAGCGAUACUACUCCGAGGCUUUGAAGUUCAUUGAUGUUCUUCACGACGCCACUGGUACAGUUUGCCAAUUGCUUGGCUCCAGGAACAAGAGCGAGGUCAUUGAGGCUAUGGACUACUUCGAGAUUGGUGAUGCCUACAAGAUCGAGCAAAACAAGGUCGGCAUCCGCCGAAUGUUGCGUCUCAUCUGGACCAAGGGCAAUAGCGACGAGGGCAAGGGCGUCCAGAGCCAUCUCAUCGAUGUGUACAAGCGCAUCUUCUUUGAGGCACCCGGUAACUUCACCGCGAACGAUGCUGCCAACUACAUUGCUCGCAACAUGAUCAGUCUUACGAGUGAGACGACGCCUGCUGAAUUGACUUCGCUCGAGCAGCUUCUGGCCACUAUGAUGAAGGGUGGUCUGAUUCCUGAACUCGUCAUUGCCAAGCUCUGGCAGGUGUACGGCGUCCGCAAGCGCGAGAUUUCCAAGAAGCAACGCAGGGGUGCCAUCAUCGUGCUCGGUAUGCUUGCGACUGCCAACCCAGAGAUUGUGGUCGGGGAGAUGGAGACGAUGCUUCGUACCGGUCUCGGCGCACACGGUCGCGCCGAUCUCCAACUAGCCAAGUACACCUGCAUUGCUCUUCGCCGAAUCAACCCCACAGGCAGGCAGGCGAAGGAAUCCACCGUCAAGUUCUCUCGCCUUCCAAACGAGCACGCCGUUCUGGCCAGGUUGGCAGCCAUCACUGAGGUUCCCUCGGACAGCAAGGAGUGGUAUGGCGUGGCCGAGCAGGCCAUCAACGCCAUCUACGCUAUUUCCAAGCACCCGGAUAUUCUCUGUUCCGAGAUCAUUCGGCACAAGACGAAACGCGUCUUUGCUGCUCCCUCAUCCAGACCCGUGUCUAGGGACGAGAGGCCGUCUUCUCGGGAUGAGAUGGCGUCUCAAUCCUCGCGUUCCGAGAGCAAGGAGCCUGACGUGGACGAUGACGCCAGCGACGGAAAUGAAACCGUCGUCCCUGCGCCCAAGAAGCGCGACAACGCCAUCGCCUUGUCACAACUUUUGUUCAUCGUCGGUCACGUUGCUAUUAAGCAGAUCGUGCAUCUAGAGCUCUGCGAGCUCGAUUUCAAGCGUCGCAAGCAGGAUCAGGAGAAGGAAAAGACAGCAGAGAAGGCUACCCAGGCCGCUGGUAAGAAGGACGAGCCUGACGACCUCGAUCUGAUCGGUGGCACGACAGAGGACGACUUCACGGAAGCUAUGGCACACAUUCGUGAGCGGGAGCUGCUGUACGGUCCGGCAUCUCUGCUCGCCCAGUUCGGCCCUCUCGUCUCUGAGAUCUGUGCCAACAACACCACCUAUGCCGACAAGGGACUGCAGGCCGCUGCGACUCUCUGUCUCGCUAAGCUCAUGUGUGUCAGCUCCGAGUACUGCGAGGCCAAUCUGCCUCUACUCAUCACCAUCAUGGAGCGUUCCACCGAUGCCACUGUGCGCUCCAACGCCGUCAUUGCGCUCGGAGACAUGGCGGUGUGCUUCAACCAUCUUAUUGAUGAGAACACCGACUUCUUGUACCGUCGUCUGGCCGACAAGGACCAGUCAGUCAAGCGCACCUGCUUGAUGACUCUGACCUUCCUCAUCUUGGCUGGUCAGGUGAAGGUCAAGGGUCAGUUGGGUGAGAUGGCCAAGUGCCUCGAGGACGAGGAUCGUCGUAUUGCCGACCUCGCGAGAAUGUUCUUCACCGAGCUCAGCACCAAGGACAACGCUGUGUACAACCACUUCGUCGACAUGUUUAGUUUGCUGUCGGCUGAGAAGGGCUUGGAGGAGGAGAGCUUCAGAAGGAUUAUCAGGUUUCUCCUGGGCUUCGUUGAGAAGGACAAGCAUGCCAAGCAAUUGGCCGACAAGCUCGCUGCCAGACUUCAGCGUUGCGAGACUGAGAGACAAUGGAACGACGUCGCCUUCGCCCUCGGCCUUCUGCAGCACAAGAAUGAGGAGAUCACCAAGACUGUCUCGGAGGGUUUCAAGGUGGUCCAACUCGCUGCCGCUCGCUCGGUUUCGCCAUACUCAAGGCUCCUUGCCAAGUCGACUCCUGGAACACCCCAACAUGACGCAAUCAUCUACGCGUCCAACGGCACUACAACCCUCUUUUCCAACGGGACAGCUGCUUCUGUCGUGGUUCUCGACUUUGGUCGCAAUGUUGAGGGCAUACCUACCUUCGAGGUGUUGUCCGCCUCUGGCGAUACAUCCGUCUUUGAGAUAUCGUAUGGAGAAACCGAGGCAGCAUUCGGCGCGUACAUGAGCGAUGGACCGCUUCCCCUGGCGGCAGCGAUGGACACCUACAGAGUCAAUCGAUACAACGUCACCGGUCCCUCAAUCAUCUCCAACCGUCUUAUACAAGGAACCUUCCGUUACCAAAAGCUCAACCUCUCGACCUCGGGAGCCCUUACAUUGCGGAACAUCGGUGUCAAGCCAACGACUUCUACCACGGCGCUGACCCAACUUCCCGGUUCCUUCGAAUGCUCGGAUGAAGACCUCACGAGAAUAUGGAGCGUGGGAGCAAGGACGGUGCAACUGACCGAGAUCCCCAAGAACUCCAUCCCGGACUUUCUGAAUGUCACGGAGGAAGGGGCGUAUGCCGAAAGUGCGGCACCCCAGGCUUUGGGAAGUGCUGUUGCUGCCCAGCUUCUCAACUAUCGCCUUGACUUUCGGGUUAAGCCUGUCAAGGGUGGUUUUGGAUUUUCCGUUCUGUCAGACACUUUGAACAGCGCUAUUUACAUCUCUUUCGAUCUCGACAAGGGCUCCAUCACGACUCAUACUGGUUCGACCGCUUUAGACACCCAGAUCGCUGCGGUUGAUAUCCCGGCAAAUCUCACCAUGACCCUUGGGUCAUGGCACUCUGUCCAUACCACAGUCGACAUCACCGACGUCAGCGUCUCUGUCAACAACAUCGACGUCCUCAAGCUCUCCCAGUCCGCCCGCUUCUUCGGCUCUUUCGGUUUCGGCGCCUCCCUAGGACACGCUGCAUACUUCCAGAACUUUGCCGCAACCACGCCAACAGGUGAAGUCAUUUACACUCAUCCCCUGACCGACCGCUCCUUCCUUGCCGACUUCUUCAUGGGAGCCAACCCCGCCGACACCAUCGUCGACGGCUCUCGUCGGGAUCGCAUCGCCUACUCCGGCGACCUCGACAUCGCUGUCGGCGCCGCUUUCGCCAGCACCUUUGGCACCUCCUUCAUUGACGGAUCUCUCGACCUCAUCGGCUCGUACCAAGUCACCCCUGGCUUCUUCACCCCCACAGCCAAGAUCCAGCAGGCGCCCCUGUCGACUCCUCUGGAUGUGAACGUCACCGGCCUGAUUGGGUAUUCGUUCAACUUCCUGACUGCCAUCGCGCAGAACUACGAGAUGAGGGGCAACCUGACGUUCGCCCAGACCUGGGCGCCCAAGGUUGUCAAGAUGCUCGACUGGGCGGACUCGCAGGCUCUGCCGAACGGCCUGUUCAAUCUGGCAGAGGAGUCUUUCGGCGGUGAUUGGAACUACUACGAUCCCCCUCAGUCUGGCGUCGUGACGAAGUUCAACGUUGUCUAUGCGUACUCUCUGCAGCAGUGUUUGAGGCUUCUUGAAGAUGCCGGUGUUGACGUUGCCGUGUACCAAACCCGACUUGGCCGUCUGAGAGCUGCGAUUAACGAGAACCUCUGGAACGAAGAGUUGGGAGUCUACAUCAUGUCCGAGAAAUUCACAACCGGGUUUUCGCAAGAUGCCAACGCUCUUGCUAUCCUCGCCGGCGUCCCCGGGGCACUCACCAACGGGUCAUCGGCCCCAGUCCGGUCCGCGUCCUCCAUUCUCUCCGCUAUGGCCUCCGGACUCGCGGCCCCGGCCGGGGCCCUCGCCUUUUCCAAUGCCACCGUCGCUGCCGGCUGGGCUGAGAAGGUGAGCCCAUACGCUGCGGCCUACCACCUCCGUGCCGCGCUCGAGUCAGGCGACGCCUCAUCCGCCAUGAUGCUGCUCAAGAAGACCUGGGCACCUAUGGCAGACCCAACCAACGCAAACUACACUGGCUGCUUCUGGGAGACGCUCAACGCGGACGGCACGCCGGGGCUGGGCUUGGUGACGUCGCUUUGCCAUGGAUGGGCGGCGGGUCCUACAGCGGAGCUGAGCAAGCAUGUUCUUGGUAUUCAGCCAACGGUACCUGGAUUUGCCGGAUGGAAGGUCGAGCCACAGACAAUGGGCCUCCAGUGGGCCAAGGGUCGCGCCCCGACCGUGUUAGGGGACUUCGCUGUCAACUGGCGGUUUGAGGGCGGGCUGCUGCGGAUGAAGGUCGAAAGCCCCUCCGGAGGGAACAGGGGUACGGUGUAUCUGCCCCAGCCGCUCCCAACCCCGAUUGAGAAGAGCGUUAUCCGCAUCAACGGCGUUGUCGCCAACGGAUCUGCUUUUGAGGUUGCGGGAGGGGACGCAUUCGUAUUGACACAGGACUUUUCGCGUUGA